UCUCAGAAAUUCUUUGCCCGUCUCGGAUGCUUUACCAUAUCCCAUGAUAGUUAGAACAAGAUUUGAGAUGGACACAAAACAAGACACGCUCAUAAUAAAUGUGAUGUAUAAUAUCCAUUGAUGGUGUCACAUGAUAUUUCAUCGUCCGGCACUGACCAAUAGCCUCACCUGUGCUGUUUAAAACCGGUCUGAAGUCUUUGCUCGCCGCAACAGGUGAUGGUUGGUGGAACAGCCAGACACGCCUGACCCCCCUCAGCUACGUCAUACUUCUGCACGCUUCAUUCACACAGGAUCCAGAGGAGAACACCAGUAACUCCUGGAGUCCCUCCAUUCACACACCUGUCCACAUUGGAAGCUAACCCACCUGUACACGUGGUCAACCAGCAUGGUGGUCGUUACGUUUAUGUAUUUACUACUCUUUACAAACUAUGUUCAACAAGUUAAAGCUGUUUGUUAUUUUCCACUCGAGCAUCAAGGGACAUUUUUGAUUCAAACACAAGCUUCGGGAGCAUACGGAGGCAACAUUGUCACCUAUUCUGAGAUAACAGUAGAAGCAGAUGCCAUACCGCCUUGGGGAGGAUGUCAUCGAAGAAGAGGGAACAAUAUUAUUUUGAAAGACAGCACGGGAGGUGAAGAUUGCAUGAGGUGCUUUCAUAUAACAAUGAACACUCCAAAUGUAUUACUUAUUCAUACGGAAGGACUUGCGAAGUGUUAUACAAAAGAAGAAGCAGCCAGAGCAACUUGUCCCAAUGAUCGAGAUGUUAUCGAAAGAAGAUUUAAAGAAAUUCUUUUGUUCCGUAAACAACAAAUAGGAUCCGUUUCUACUGUGGAAAAUUUAUUUUGCCCUAUAAAUGGCCGAUAUAGAUUUACUUACACGGCAAAUAAAGGAGGAUUCCGAUGCGAUCAACCUUUAUCGGAACUUGGUAAUUGCCCUAAUGGCAACGAACUUGGUGUCAGAUUUCGACAAUGUUCUUUUCCCGAAAUGGAUGUGAGUUUUUUGUGUUUGGGUGAUUGGGCUGGACCCAUGGGCGAUCGUUAUUUGGCUUUGAUGGAUCUACGUGAAAAUCCCGAUGCUAGACCAAAAUAUCGAUGCGGGCUUUAUAGACAAGACAAAACUACAGGAAGAGUAUAUGUAUCUUUUUCGGCGGAUUCAACAUGCACCAAUCAGUUAGCAAGCGCAACAGACGGAUACGAAUCUCUUAUUUUAACGCCUCUACCGAAUCGAAGCUUGCCUACUCAGGUAGAAACAUCACGUUGUAAAUUUCCAGAAUGGAUUCAAGGACAAUGGGAACAUAUUAAAGUUGAAGGGAAAAUAUUCACAUUUCGUGACUCCGUUCAUUUUCAGACAGUGUCAGCUCGGUGUAUUAGACGUCAAAAUAACACGCCAAACGAAAGAUACGUUGUAUACACUGUAACUCAAUGUGGAGACGAAUCCUAUAAUUGUUUGUGGCUGAAGAGACGUGGUGUUAACGUUUUAGAGUUCCAGUUUGGCUCUCAACCAAGCAAGCAAUAUUCGGAUACUCUUUGUAGCGACAGACAAUUCAGACAGGAAACAUGGAUUACGCAAGGAAGAAUAAACAUGGCUCAAAUAUCACCUUGUCCUAUAACUGGCGAUUAUACUGGAGUUGUUCCUGGUACUACUACAUUAUGUGCAAAAGUAGCAUCCGAUUGCAAUAAUCCUGAUAUUAUGUUCUAUACAGUCAGCAAUUGCGAAGAUAGAUCACAUAUUUAUGAAGAAAGAGAAUAUAAAUGUCUUGGUAGCUGGGAAGAAAAUGGAAUAUUAUAUACGUAUACUCAAAGACGAGAUAUGCAUGGAUUUCAAUGCUUUUCGGGAAAAAUUCUUCAAAAUGGCGAAGAAGCAUACAUAAAAGAAGCUGGAGAAAGCUGUAUAAGAGGCGAAGAUCCUCUUAUUUACGGAAUGAAAAUAAUGAAACAAGCAUCCUGUCCUCAGUUACCUCCGGUAACUUUCGUUCCAGUCAAUCCACCAUGGAUACCAUCAACUCCAUCUGUUGCCAGACCACCUUCACGAGAUCCAUAUUGGUAUCAAACAGAACCAGAAGAAUCUACAACGAAACCAUGGAAACCAAUCACUCGUCGUCCUCCACCAGAAACUACAGCUUCAGCUAACGUUUCCAGAUACAGUUCGGUCAUUUUUGCGAUAUCGGCGAUAUUUUUAGCGAUGGCAGAACAUCUACUACAUUAAAAAAAAGUGCCUUAAAACUUUAAAAUGUGAAUUUUUAAAAAUUUUACAUUCGUAUAAUAAUUCUCUAACGUUGGUAGAAUCCCGUGGAGAGAAUUAAUCCAUUCAUCCAAUGCAAAACUGAGCCGAAGAAUGUUUUGCGGUAACAACACUCAAAGUCAAAUGGACAAUUCCAAAGAUUCAGAUUCUAAUUAAAGAAACCAAAGUGCUUAUUAGUUCCUACACAACAGUGUAGUUGCAACAGAUACCGAGAGUAAGCCAAUUUCCACCUAAAUAGAUGCAACUGUGAUUUGAUUUUAGUCCACCAAGUCAUUUUUGUACCUAUCAUCACACACACACACACACACACACAUAUAUAUAUAUAUAUAAAGACUUUAUACAUAUUUUACAUGUACAUCUAAAUUCGAUUGUAUUUGUAAGAUUCUUUAAUAUGUAAAUUGUUCUUCAAUUAGCAAAAACUAGAUAUUUUUGUUAAAUAGUAGAUUAUAAAUAAUCAAAAACUGUAAAUAGCUUCUACCUGAAAGAAUGUUUUUAAUUUUUUUUUAAUUUUAUUUUAUUAUUAUUAUUUUUUUGAAAGAAUAUGUCAUCGAGUUUUUGAAUGUGUGAAAAAUUUGUAUUAUAGUUUCUAUUUUCUAUUUAUAUAAUCUCGAAUGAAUGAAUAAAAUAUUUGUAUUAUAA